AUGGGCAAAGAUGACUUGGAGCUUGCGCUUAUAAGUGAUACGGAAUCCAAGCACAAAUUUCGGAAAAAAGAUUUAUUUUCAUUGCUUCAUUCUCAGAAAAUGGACUUGGAAAUUUGCAGUGAACCUGAGGCCGUGCCUUAUGCAACACGUGCCAAAGACAUGGGACUCGCCCGGCUCCUACCCCUCAGGUUCCUCUGUGGCCUCUGUCCCGGGGCGCUGCGUCGUGUAGCAGGAACCCAGGAAUUCCAGGUGCCCGACGAGGUGCUAGGGCUCAUCUAUGCGCAGACGGUGGUCUGGGUGGGGAGUUUUUUCUGCCCUCUACUACCCCUGCUCAACACAGCCAAGUUCCUGCUGCUCUUCUAUUUGAAGAAGUUUGCCCUCUUCUCCAUCUGUUCCCCGGCCUCCAACACCUUUCGAGCCUCCAUGGUGAAUUUCUUUUUCCCUCUGGUCCUUCUCCUGGGUCUGGCCAUCUCCGCCGUUCCUGUGCUUUAUAGCAUCUUCCUGAUCCCGCCUUCCAAGCCGUGUGGUCCAUUCCGGGGAUGGUUGUCCAUCUGGGCCCAGAUCCCACAGUCUAUUUCCAGUCUCCCUCAGAUCGCCCAGAAUUUUCUCUUCUUCCUGGAGACCCAGGCUUUUGCUGUACCCCUUCUGCUGAUCUCCAGCAUCCUGAUGGUGUAUACCCUGGCCCUGGCUAACUCAUAUGGACGCUUUAUCUCUGAGCUCAAACGGCAGAUAGAGACGGAGGUGCAGAAUAAAGUCUUCCUGGCACAGCGCGCUGUGGCACUGAGCUCAGCCAACGGGGCUCUUUGACCUCCCUAGCCUAGCUCGGGGUGACGUCCCACUUUCAGGCCCAGACCUGACCCCAGACCCUUUGUAUGCCUCGGCCACGUCAUCUGUAAAAUGGGAGAAGAGAAGACUGCACUUUUUUCCAUCCCUGGGUUUCUGAGAUUGCCAGGGCCCUGAACCCCCUGAUUUUAAUGAACCUCAUUAUUUUAUCAAUAAACAGCCAAGGCUGCUGA